AUGACAGACCAUGUCGAUGUCCCAGAAACCAACAAGGCCUUCGUGCCCCUCGAAAACAACCCAGAAGUGAUGUCGCACUUAGUCCACCAGCUCGGUCUCCCACCAAGCCUAGGCUUCACAGACGUAUACUCAAUCGACGAGCCAGACCUCCUAGCCUUCGUCCCCCGUCCCUCGCACGCCCUUCUCCUCGUCUUCCCCGUCUCCAAAACCUACGAAUCGUCCCGCAUAUCCGAAGACAGCAAGCUCACCGACUAUACUGGCUCGGGACCUUCGGAACCCGUCAUGUGGUUCAAACAGACGAUCCGGAAUGCUUGCGGUUUGAUCGGAUUGUUGCACGCUGUGUCCAAUGGAGAGGCUCGGAAACAGGUCCUUCCUGGAUCGGAUUUGGAUGGGCUUUUGCGGGAUGCGGAGCCGCUUAGUCCUAUCGACAGAGCGAAUCUACUAUAUGAGAGCAAGGCGCUAGAGAGUGCUCAUGCUGAUGCGGCGAAGUUAGGUGAUACUACGGCGCCCCAGGCAGAGGAUUCCGUUGACUUGCACUUUGUUGCGUUUGUGAAGGGGGUUGAUGGAAGGUUGUGGGAGCUGGAUGGGAGGAGGAAGGGUCCGUUGGAAAGGGGAAAGUUGGAUGAGGAUGAGGAUGCAUUGAGCGAGAAGGCGCUCGAGCUGGGAGUUAGGAGGUUCUUGAAGACUGAGGCUCAGGGUGGUAACCCGGACUUGAGGUUCAGUUUGGUCAGUUUGGGGCCUGUUUUUGAUUAA